AUGGGUUUUUCCUCUGGUCUUGUUCUUGCAGAUCUGAAGAAGGGUAGGCAUCUUAGAGUCGUAGUGAAAGAGCAGAAGCCAGGCCGGGAACAAAUAGAAAGCUUCAUCCGAAAAUUUCUUGCAAAUUCUUCUGUAGAUCCAGGAGAAGAGCAACAGGACUCAGGGCACCAGGAAUACGAAAGAGCAGAGACCAGAACAACUAACUACAAGAUGCAUGAAGUGAGGACUGCCAGCAGCCCGGCUCUCGCCGACAUCUCUGGUGGUGGGUUCUUUAUCAGGAGAGUAGAAUCGCCAGGAGCUGUGCUGGUGAAAGGUGCUGUCAAGCCGCGGGCUCGACAUGCCCUGUCACCGUCAAGCAACAAGGAGAAUGUGCCACCAGUGGGAGCUGUGUGGGUUGCACCAAAGAGGAGGAGCCCCUUGCCUGACUGGUACCCAAGGACCCCACUCCGUGAUAUCAAAUCAAUAGUCAAGGCAAUUGAGAGGAGAAGUCGUCUGCAGAAUGCUGCAGCUCAGCAGCAGAUCCUGUGGACAGAAGAUUCUUCCCAAUCUGUGGAUCCAAUAACUCCAGCACAGGCAGAGCAGGGUGUGCCAACAACUGAGGGAGGUCAAGCUGUUGCAAGCCCUGCAACUUCUUUGGAUGAUCCAGCUCUUGCAGAUCUCAUGGAGAAGAAGCUGUCCAGCUCCUUGCAGGCCACUCCAUCUGACUGCUCCUUGCAGGCCACUCCAUCCAAACCAAACGAUCCAGCUCUUGCAGAUCUCAUGGAGAAGAAGCUGUCCAGCUCGAUAGAGCAGAUCGAGAAGAUGGUGAGGCGUAACCUGAAGAAAACUCCGAAGGCCGCUCAGCCUUACAAGAGGAUCAUCCAGAGGCGCACCCUGAUGUCCAUGCGAUGA